AAUUUUAUCCUGCUAAGUUUUCAGGUUAGACCAUUUUUUUUCAAAUACCAGCGUAUAUAUAUAUAAUCGAUUAAUAUAAAAUGGUACAUCAAAAAGCUCUAAAUAAAUGGAUAUUAUAACUGGUUUAGUAUGGAUAACUAUAAUAUAUUGUGUACUUUUCUUUUUUGAUACAUUUUUCAAGUCUUGUGCACACUAUCCAUACAUCAAAUUUCUACAUGAGACAGGAUUCAAAAUUAAAUUCUUCCAUCUUCAGUGGAACACAACAUCCUUAAAUCGAAUAUUUGUAAGAUGGGGUAAUUCUAACAUUAGAUUCUUUAAUAUUUGGUUUUCUGUUGGAUUGUACGCGACGUUGGUGUUACUACCAAUUUCUGUUUGUUUAAUUUUGUACGCAAUUUUCCAAUUGUUAUGUAACAAAAGCUAUGAAGAACAGAAUAUUAUUGUUGAGCCAAUAAUACCAGGUAUAAACCUGCCUAUUGCAGAACUAGGGUACUACAGUACUACGCUAAUUUUUUGUAGCAUUAUUCAUGAAGCUGGACACGCAUUAGCGGCCGUUAAGGAAGAUGUUCAUUUAGUAAAUGUAGGCAUUACACUUUUAUUUGUUAUUCCUGUAGCUUAUGUUAAUAUUAAUUUUGAAAAACUUUCAUCACUAAAUCCGUGGAAAACUUUAAGAAUUUUAUGUGCAGGUGUUUGGCAUAACUUGGUGUUGUCAUUUAUAGGAUUUCUUUUGUAUAUGAUUAUGUCAAAUGUUUUUGCGACCAUGUUUUAUGUAAAUAAUGGUAUAUACAUUACAGAAGUUAAUCCUAAUUCUCUGCUAGCAGGCUCUAGAGGACUGCAAAUAGGUAAUAUCGUUACAAAUAUCAACGACUGUGUUGUAAGGGACGAAAUCACAUGGAAUAAUUGUUUGUUAAAUACAUGGUACAAUAAGCCUGGAUUUUGUGUAACAACAGACUUGGUGCACUCUGUAGAUGAAAGCAUACCAAUUUUAGAGUUGCCAAAUGGUGGUUAUGACUGCUGUGGUCCUACUAAACCAGACUGGUUGUGCUUUGAAUAUGCUGAUAAUAACGAUGGGAUAUUAGAAUUACCUCCCCAUAUGUGUCUGCCGGCUCGUAAAGUGGUGGAAACGUGCACAUCUUUUUGUGAUUUAAAUAGUCGGAUAUGCCCAACAAACUACCACUGCAUUUACCCAUUAUUGCCAAAUUCAACAACAUUGCUUAAAAUUAAAGUUAUCCAAAAACCAGAUGUUAUUUACAUUGGACACCCGUUAGAUGUUUUACAUGCCACACAUGUUUCGCCAUAUAUUCCAAGACACUUUUUUAAUACACCCAAAUUACCCGAUAUGGUAAUGAAAUUGUUAAGGUACGUUAUCUCAUUUUCUUUAGGAUUAGCUUUAGUUAAUGUUAUACCAUGUAUCUAUAUGGAUGGACAUCACAUUGUUAACCUAUUGACACAAAUAGUGUUUAAGGAAAGACUAAAAUCUCGAAGUGCAAUAACCUUAAUAUCAGUUAUAAUAUCUUUAAUAGGAACUGCCUUAUUAAUAUUUCUUUGUAUCUACUCAAUAUGGUCUAGAAUGCUUAAAUAAAUUCUACUUGGCUAAAUU